CGCGGGAAGGCAGCGUCCCCCUACUAUGGGCAACUGUGUGAAGUCUCCGCUGAGAAACCUCUCGAAGAAGAUCCACCAUGAGGAGAAGACAUGCUAUAAGGCUGUCCAGAUGAGUGAGGAGGGGCCGUCAGCCGGCGAGUGCCAGGGUCCACUCAUGGUGCUCGCCCAGAAUUGCGCCGUGAUGCACAACUUGCUGGGGCCGGCGUGCAUCUUCCUGAGGAAGGGCUUCGCAGAAAACAGGCAGCCAGACAGAGAGCUGCGUCCUGAAGAAAUAGAAGAAUUGAGAGAGGCCUUCAAGGAAUUCGACAAGGACCGAGAUGGCUACAUCAACUGCCGGGACCUGGGCAACUGCAUGCGCACCAUGGGCUACAUGCCGACGGAAAUGGAGCUGAUUGAGCUGUCCCAGCAGAUCAACAUGAACUUGGGUGGCCAUGUCGAUUUUGAUGACUUUGUGGAGCUGAUGGGACCGAAGCUUCUGGCAGAGACGGCAGACAUGAUCGGGGUCAAGGAGCUGCGCGAUGCUUUCAGAGAGUUCGACACCAACGGCGACGGAGAAAUCAGUACCAAUGAACUACGAGAAGCGAUGAAGAAGCUACUUGGGCAGCAAGUGGGACACCGAGACAUUGAGGAGAUCAUACGGGACGUUGACCUCAAUGGAGACGGGCAAGUGGAUUUUGAAGAGUUUGUCCGGAUGAUGUCCCGCUGACGAUGGUUCUUGGGCUGAAAGCAAUUCAGCACCUGACAGCAGAAGAGGGCCUGAACGGAGCGUCUAGCCCCGAUGUUCCUAUGCAAAGGUUGCUGCGCUGGCUGCGCUUGAGACGGUACGAGACAUAGACCUGCCUCUCUGAUCCACGUGGCCCUGAUGCUCCUUCACCCUUCCACACUGUGAAAGACUCACAAUCUCCUGCAACUGGAAAUGCUCCUGGGAGAAGCUCUCAGCAGGAAAGCUGCGCUCCGGGACCAGCCAUGGAGUGUUUGCACUGGGAGCCUCUUCCUCCCCCCCCUCCCCCCUGCAUUUACUCUUCCAGCAGGCACUGCAAGUAAAGAGGAGGAGGAGGAGGGGUCCUCGUGAACUGGUGGCUUACAGCUAAGCUCUGUGGGAUUGGUGCCUGCAAUGCACUCUGCUCUGCGCCCGUUUUCCUUGGUCAACUGACUCUUAUGUUUGCUGCCUCCUUCUGUGUCCUUCUGUAUAGAGUUAUUUAUGCUCCCUCUGGUAUGUUCUUAUGUCUCCCCUCUGGUUAUGUUAAUGAGAGCAAAUAUACAUUUG